GAGAGAUAACCGGAUAGAGCUGGUGAGGGCGUCGCGGUCCGAGCUGACCAUCAGUAUCAGUGAGAUCACACUGGCUGACGAGGGGAUGUACACCUGUUCUCUGUUCACCAUGCCUGUCAAGACCGCCAAGGCCUACCUUACUGUACUGGGAGUGCCAGAGAAACCAGAGAUAGACGGUUUGACCAAGCCUGCCCUGGAGGGAGAUGAGAUCACUCUGACCUGCAUGACCCACGGUUCCAAGCCUGCUGCCGACCUCCGCUGGUUCAGGAACGAGAAGGAGAUCAAAGGUGCCAAGGAGGUGAAUGCCAGCGGGAAAACCUUCACAGUGACCAGUUCUCUACAGCUGCUAGUUGACAGGGACGAUGACGGGGCAGCGUACACCUGUAAAGUAGACCACGUAGCCCUGUUACAGACACCACAACAGGCUACUGAAGUACUGGAGGUGCACUAUGCUCCUCGUGUGUUGAUCACCCAGUCGUUGACGUUCCCUCAGGAGGGUCAGUACCUGAAGCUGGAGUGUGUCUCCAAGGGGAACCCGUCGCCAGACCCUGUGUUGUGGACUAAGGAUGGAGGAGAGUUACCAGACGUGGAGAGAAUGAUCGUACAGGGAAGAGAGCUCACCUUUUCCGCCCUUAACAAGACAGACAAUGGCACCUACCGCUGUGUGGCCUCCAACCACCUAGGCACCAGCAGUGCAGAAUACAUACUCUACGUCUAUGACGUCCCCACCACCUUCCCUCCAUCCACCACCCAUGCCCCCCGCCCCACCAGGCACCACCGUCCCCCUAGACCCCACAUCGCCUCCUCAGAACCUACAAACAUCAACAACAGAGAUCCCAACGCCAUGGGGCAGCGUGGACCAGACCAUGCUCUGAUUGGUGGAGUGGUGGCUGUGGUGGUCUUCGUUACCUUGUGUCUAAUCAUCUUUUUGGGACGCUACCUGGCCAGGCAUAAAGGAACGUACCUGACCAACGAGGCCAAAGGAGCGGACGACGCGCCUGAUGCUGAUACGGCUAUCAUCAACGCAGAGGGCAACACACAUGCUGAGGAGAAGAAGGAGUACUUUAUCUAGACUGUAGAGGGCGCUCUGAUCUGCUGCCCCCACACGUGCUGAGGAGAACUCUGCCUCUCACUCACUCUAUCCCCUAAUCUCUCUAGCUAUCUCUUUCCUCUUCACCUCUUUCUCUCUCUCUCUCUUCAUUUCUCUCUCUCGUCACAUUUCUCUCUCUCUCCCUCUUCACCUCUCUGUCUUUAUUUUAAUCUCUCUCUCUCUCUCCCUCUCUCUCUUUAUCUCUCUCUUUCUCUUCACCCCUCUCUCUCUCUCUCUCUCUCUCUCUCUCUCUCUCUCUCUCUCUCUUUAUCUCUCUCUCUCUAUAUAUAUUUCUCUCUCCACUGCCCCUGCUGCCUCACUGAGGAAACCCCCUGGGCAGUAUGCAGAGAGGAAAUACUCCUUCUUUUUCCCAUCAUCCCCCUCUCCUGCUGGCCUUUUUGUUCUACUUUGUUAUCAUUCCAUCCUUCACGUCUUUUUGUCCAACCGCCCUGGUUUACGUUGCCGGCUUUCAUUUUUAAAGGCCGCGCCCUAUUGGCUGUCUGGGGAUGUUGCCUUUUUAUUUUUUUAUGAUUGAUAUUUUAUCUGCUCAAUAAAAGCCUGAGAAUCUGCAUAUCCACGAGACCACUUCCAACUCUUUAUUAACACCACGUAACUGGAUUCCUCAAAACCACACACUCCCUGUCCACAACUCACAUUCCCUGUUGUUUACAUGGUGCCUAAAUAUAAGGCUUUCAUUUCCACUCUGCCAGUCAGCAAUGUUAUAACUACUUUAUGUCAUUCAUUUAUACUGAUGGUGACAUACACCUGUUAUAACUACUUUAUGUCAUUCAGUUACACUGAUGGUGACAUACACCUGUUAUAACUACUUUAUGUCAUUAAUUUACACUGAUGAUGACAUACACCUGUUAUAACUACUUUAUGUCAUUAAUUUAUACUGAUGGUGACAUACACCUGUUAUAACUACUUUAUGUCAUUAAUUUACACUGAUGAUGACAUACACCUGUUAUAACUACUUUAUGUCAUUAAUUUAUACUGAUGGUGACAUACACCUGUUAUAACUACUUUAUGUCAUUAAUUUACACUGAUGAUGACAUACACCUGUUAUAACUACUUUAUGUCAUUAAUUUAUACUGAUGGUGACAUACACCUGUUAUAACUACUUUAUGUCAUUAAUUUACACUGAUGGUGACAGACACCUGUUAUAACUACUUUGUGUCAAUAAUUUAUACUGAUGGUGACAUACACCUGUUAUAACUACUGUAUGUCAUUAAUUUAUACUGAUGGUGACAAACACCUAUUAUAACUACUUUAUGUCAUUCAGUUACACUGAUGGUGACAGACACCUGUUAUAACUACUUUGUGUCAUUAAUUUACACUGACGGUGACAUACACCUAUUAUAACUACUUUAUGUCAUUAAUUUACACUGAUGGUGACAUACACCUGUUAUAACUACUGUAUGUCAUUCAGUUACACUGAUGAUGACAUACACCUGUUAUAACUACUGUAUGUCAUUCAGUUACAUUGAUGAUGACAUACACCUGUUAUAACUACUGUAUGUCAUUCAGUUAUACUGAUGGUGACAUACACCUGUUAUAACUACUGUAUGUCAUUCAGUUAUACUGAUGGUGACAUACACCUGUUAUAACUACUUUAUGUCAUUCAGUUACAUUGAUGAUGACAUACACCUGUUAUAACUACUGUAUGUCAUUCAGUUAUACUGAUGAUGAUAUACUGUUUUUCCUUUCUGGCUUCUUUUCAUUUAAACCGUCAUUUCAAAGCUUCUAGGCAGUUAAUUAAACAUCUUCACUUGUAUGUUUUAGUUUUUUAUUUCAAUUAAUAUGUGUUCUGGUUAAGCCUUAUGUCUUUCAGACUGAACGUGAUACUUACACGAUCUGUCCCCUUCACUGUCCCCAAUCCCCUUCCCUAUCCCCUUCACUGUCCCCUUCCCCUUCCCUAUCCCCUUCACUGUCCCCUUCCCCUUCACUGUCCCAUUCCCCUUCACUGUCCCCUUUCCCUUCACUGUCCCCUUUCCCUUCACUGUCCCCUUCCCCUUCACUGUCCCCUUCCCCUUCACUGUCCCCUUCCCCUUCACUGUCCCCUUCCCCUUCACUAUCCCCUUCAUUGACCCCUUCACUGACCCCUUCACUGGCCCCUUCACUGUCCCCUUCCCCUUCACUGUCCCCUUCCCCUUCACUGUCCCCUUCCCCUUCACUGUCCCCUUCACUGUCCCCUUCCCCUUCACUGUCCCCUUCACUAUCCCCUUCACUGACCCCUUCACUGUCCCCUUCCCCUUCACUGUCCCCUUCCCCUUCACUGACCCCUUCCCCUUCACUGUCCCCUUCCCCUUCACUGUCCCCUUCCCCUUCACUAUCCCCUUCACUGACCCCUUCACUGUCCCCUUCCCCUUCACUGUCCCCUUCCCCUUCACUGUCCCCUUCCCCUUCACUGGCCCCUUCACUGUCCCCUUCACUGUCGCCUUCACUCUCCCCUUCCUUGUCCCCUUCUUUGUCCCCUUCCUUGUCCCCUUCACUCUACCCUUCACUCUACCCUUCACUGACCCCUUCACUGACCCCUUCACUGUCCCCUUCACUGUCCCCUUCCCCUUUCCCUUCACUGUCCCCUUCACUGUCCCCUUCCUUGUCCCCUUCACUCUACCCUUCACUCUACCCUUCACUGUCCCCUUCACUGUCCCCUUCACUGACCCCUUCACUGACCCCUUCACUGUCCCCUUCCCUGUCCCCUUCACUGACCCCUUCACUGUCCCCUUCACUGUCCCCUUCACUGUCCCCUUCACUCUACCCUUCACUGUCCCCUUCACUGUCCCCUUCACUGUCCCCUUCACUCUACCCUUCACUCUACCCUUCACUGUCCACUUCAAUAUUGACUAAAAUUGUAUUGAAGAGAACUAUAGACUUGGAAACAGGAGAAGUUGCGCCCUGUACGGUACGAAAUGACAAAGGUUUUGUACAAAACCAGCUGUACGCAGGAGAAGAAGCCCCGUUGUACGAUAAGACAGAGGUUUUGUGUUGUGAGAUACGAUAUCUGUGUAUUUUGUUCAUCAUGUUUCCAUAUGGGGGUCUUUAAAACCAACUGAUCCUUAAUGACACUCAGUAUAAUUCUGAAUACCAAAAAUGUACUAAAUCGAUGCAGGGGUGAAAGGUUUAUAUCAAAUGAAACAACAAUCAAUCAAUUAAUGUCUUGCUUUUUAUUAUGCACAAUCGUGUUAAUCAUGUUAAUUUAUUCGUGCUGUCUGUGUAUCCAUGAUGUAACCGUUUGUUUGUAUGUUCCUGUUCAGAAACCCGCUUAACAGUGUCGCCACGGCAACUUAGUAUCUUUCUACAGCAUCAUCGGUUGCCAUGGGGAUGUAGAACCACGCCGUAUUUGGGUAGUAGUGCUGCGUUGUACGGAUAUUAGAAGUUGGACUAGUUUAGGGUUCUUUUAUUUAAAUAAAAUAAAAAAAAGUUUUAUAUUUUA